GCCGCACACGGCUCAAGAGCCACAGGUUCGCCACCCCUGUUCUAAAGCAUUCCUUAGCAUUUAAAUAUUUGCAGAGAAGAAGUGGAAGAGUAGGGAGAGGCGAAGGGGAAAGGCCUCAAGCCUCGGACAGGAUUCCACAGCCAUGGCCGGUAAUUUUGAUGCCGAAGACCGUGCUAGCUGGUACUGGGGAAAGCUAAGCCGUCAGGAGGCAGUUUCUCUCUUACAGGGACAGAGACAUGGCGUUUUCCUGGUGAGAGACUCAAUUACCAGCCCUGGUGACUACGUGCUGUCCGUAUCAGAGAACUCCAAAGUGUCCCAUUAUAUAAUCAACAGCAUCAGUAACAACCGGCAAUCUGGCUCAGGUAUGGCUCCUCCUCGGUUUCAGAUUGGGGAUCAGGAGUUUGAAGCGUUGCCGGCCCUGUUGGAGUUUUAUAAGAUCCACUACCUGGACACAACCACACUCAUAGAGCCCAUAAACAAGGCUAAGAACACAGGAUUCAUCAGCUCCCCCUCUGUUGGCGUCUCGCCGCAGCCCGAGGAGGCAGAGUUUGUACGGGCGCUAUUUGACUUCCCUGGCAACGAUGAGGAGGACCUCCCCUUCCGCAAAGGUGAUAUCCUGCGUGUGCUGGAAAAGCCCGAGGAGCAGUGGUGGAACGCUGCUAACCAGGAGGGCCGAGCCGGGAUGAUCCCUGUGCCCUACGUGGAGAAGUACCGACCUGCCUCGCCCACCGCUGCCGGCCUUGGUCCCCCUGUUGUGGGGACUGGACAGGGGGGGCAAGUUGGAGGGCUAGGGGGCAGCACAGACGGAACAGGGAGCCCUCAGGCAAAUCCUCUGGGGGACCCAGGCCAGUACGCUCAGCCUGUGGCCAAUGCCCAGCUCCCUAACUUACAGAAUGGGCCCGUCUAUGCUCGAGCCAUUCAGAAGAGGGUGCCAAACGCCUACGACAAGACGGCACUCGCUCUGGAGGUGGGAGACACGGUACAAGUGACCAAGAUCAACGUGAAUGGCCAAUGGGAGGGUGAGUGCAAGGGCAAACGAGGCCACUUUCCCUUCACCCACGUUCGACUGUUGGAACAGCACCAUCCCGACGACGAGAGCUGAGAAACGCACGCACUCCCAUCACCUCGACAGUGUCCAGCACAGCCCUUCCCUUUCGGUCAUUUUGUCAUGCUCGGAAAGAAAAAAAGAUUUAUACAAGCACACAGUAUAUGAACCUAUGACCUCAACCGGUCAGGCACUACUGGCCCUGCCAACACAAGACGUGUUGGGUGAUAUUGCCUACUGUCAUUUUGAAAAGUUUACACUUAGGUCAGACUGAUAUCGGUUCCCCUAAAUUAGCUUCUUUCUUUUUUUUUUUUUUUUUAAAGUCAGCAUUACACAUUGCCAUUGUCGGCUCCCUCUUGAUUACUUUUCCGAAACUUGCAAUUAAAUGUCUUGUAUUCAGAAAGAUGGCAGCAUGUUUUGGUUUAGUAUUUAUUAAUGUUACGUUUUAAAGGAACCCACUUGUGUGUUGUCUUAACCAGAAUCACAUAUUGAUGAUACUGAUCAUCAAUUUCAUGUUAGCCUAGCUUUAAUCCACAACUGCAAGCAGAGGUUAACCGGUUGGUUAACCGGUUGGCCAGUCAAGAGAAAAUAAUUGGACAACUUCUAAUAACUCCAGAGCCGUUUUUAUUUACUUUUGUAUGACGAUUAGGUGUAGAAUUGAGGCUCUGUUUUAACCGGUUCGGUUCAAAACAGGAAGAUUAGGAUCUCGGCCCUACUCCGUGUAUUUUAGCAGUUCUUCAUUAAACAGAGAAUGAAACGUAGCGACCACACAGUAAUCACCGCCCCUGUAAUGUUACAGCACAAGGCACCUCUUUUUCUUCCCGUUUUCUACCUAUUGACAUUAUUAAAAACACAAGGUCCAGUUGCAUUCUAAACUAAUAAUAUUUCUUACCAUGACUUGCAGCCCUGCACUGAUGAUGCGGGAUGGCGGUCACCAAAACGGUCCAAUCAGUUCGUUUGCUGGCGGUCCGUAUCUCUUAAUUUUUACAGCUUUUUGCUAGUUGGGUGUUGGGAGCCAUUUAUUGAUAGAAGCUAACCCUUACAUAAUUGAAUCUGUUUCAGAUGGAAUAAAAGGCUUGGAGAGACGGUCAGUUGAAAAGUAAUUCCAAUUUUCAAGUUUAAAUAUUGGCACAAUGUCAGUUUUAAAAUUGAUCAGCAUUGGCCACCAGUAACCGAUAUCAGUCGAGCCCUAGUUUACACACCUCCAGCUCAGUAUUGAAGUCUGCACAACUAAUACGCUGCAGAGGCGACCCACUCUUCCCUUCCUGUGUUAUCUGUGUAUCCACACCCACUACAUUUGAUUCAUACAGAAGGGAAAAAGAUUGACUGCGCACAGGAGAAAAAAACCCUCUGCUCUCACAGAAUCAUGAAUCAGUGAGUUUUUUUGUAACGCUAGACUGUGAACCUCGGAGUGAAACGAGCAAAGACUUUUCAUGAUGACUCUGUCUUGUGGAGAAGACGUCUUCACCUACUUAUUACAUCCCACACUACAAACCCAAGUCCUCUUUUCUUUUUUUUUUUUUUUUUUUUUUUUGUACUAAAAGUGGAAAAUAUUAUGAUUGACUAUAUAUACACACACACUUUACAUGCUAAAUACUGUAAACAUUUUUUUUUUUUUUACUUUUUGUUACCAGAGACUGUACACUUAUUAUUAUUAUUAUUAUUAUUAUUAUUAUUAUUUUAUGUUCCUCGUUUAAAACACUAUUCAGCACCAACAUGGAUGACUUCAAAUGCCGCAUUGUGAAAGAACAAAAUGAGCACCCGUUCAAGGAGGAAGGAGAGAUGCCCUGAGGAUGUUUAGAAGAUGAGACGAAAAAGGUUUAGGGAUUUUAUUUUUGUCUUCCAGCAGGGUUUUAAUGACAUUAUUAUUCAGAGAUGCUUUAGAGAUCAAAUCCACUUUAAAACACUAAAUGUGGUUGCAUUUUUAUGUUUAACUGGUAAAACAGAUGUUUGUCAUUUCUUGUGCCAUGAUUGACAUCUUUUUGUUUCUCAUCUUUUUACACAUUGAAUACACUUGCUAUUAUUACACAUCAAGCUUUUUAAAACACUGAUCAUUAUGUCAAUAUGAAAAUAAACCUUGAAAUGGUU